AUGUUUUUGGAUGGGCAAAGGUCCUCAUCGACAUCCCCUUCAUCAUCAGAUGAUAUUUCUCUUCCAACAAAUCAACCCGAGUCGAGUACCAAUGAUGAAUGCAAGUUCUCGAGCUCGCCUCAAUCAUCGCCUAACAAUUCGAGUGAUUCAAGUCCGUCAGAUUUCUCGAGCUCACCCGAUCCAAGUGUUGACAAUUCGAGUGAUCCAACUGAUCCGACUUUAUCAAGUGAUUCUACGCCUCCUGAGAGCGAUAGCACUUCACCACCUCUAAACGAAUCUAUUGAAACACCGGUGACAGAAUCAGCAGGACUAACCGAAGAGUCAGGACUCGACGACGAGCUCGAGUCAAACAUCCUUGACACUGACUUUGAUGGAGAGAACACGGAGUCGACAGUGGAAACGCGAACAACGAGAACUGCUGAUAUCACCGGAAGUGUCAUGGACGAUUCUACAACUUGUAAG